AUGCUGACCCCUCCUAUCCAUUUAGCUGCUAGGCAUGGCAACGAAACAUUGGUCAGAAGCCUCAUACUGGCAGGUGCCAGGGUUGAUGAUAGAGAUGCUCAAAAACGUACUGCACUUCAUAUAGCUGCAGAAGCUGGAAAUGGUUCAGCAGUAUCUGCACUAUUACAAAACAAUGCUGAUCAAGAUGCUGUAGAUGUGGAAAAUGACAAUGCGCUACACAUUGCUGUAAGAGAAGGGCAUCUCAACGUUAUACGAAUAUUAUUAACAGAAUCUACAAUUGAUGCAGAGGCUUUCAAUUUGAAGGGCCGCAAUCCACUACACGAAUUAAGUAAAUAUGGUAAAGAAAAUGCAGCUGCCAUUUGUGAACUGUUCUUGGAGUGCAUGGCCAACUAUCCGAUCAAUACUUCUGAUAUUAUGGGUAAUUCGCCUCUACUCUUGGCGUACAUGAAGGGUAAUGCAAAUUUGUGCCGGGUCCUCGUAAAAGCGAAUGCUUGCCUAUCUACAGAAAAUUGCGAGAGAAUAACAAUAUUCAAUUAUCAGUCUUCGGCCAUAGAAAAAGAUCCUCAUGUUGUUACCAUCCACCUCAAUGAUGAUCCUUUGAACUGGAUGUGUACAUGUCCUUCUAAGGCUGGAUUGAGGUCCAGAUGUAAACACAUCUUUCGAGUGUUGUUGUACAUCAAUAGAGAUGACUUCGAUAAAUCACCUGUACAGACUUAG